AUGGGCGAUAGCGAGGACGAAGGAAUUCUCACGGGCUUCCUCUUCGGUAACAUCGAUGAAGAUGGUAACUUAGAAAGCGACGUGUUCGAUUCAUCCGAGCAAAAACACCUCUCUUCGCUUGGAAAAUUAGGGUUUGUUUCUUUCGUAAAGGAUAUCAUUAAAGAUGAGAUUGACGGCGAUGCCGAUUCAUAUUCACAAGGAAAAAGCAGCCAAUCCGAUUCCCCGAAAUCCUCACAAGACAGCGCUUGCUAUUCACAAGGCAGUGUUAGUUCAGGGGAUUUUAAUAUAAACAACAAGUCUCCUUCUGCAGAAGACUAUUUCGAUAUAAACGAGUUAGCUGAAGAUGAUACACCUACCAAUGAUUCUUACGAUGCCGAUGAUGAGAGGUGUUAUAAAAAAGACGAGCAACUCAUGCCUCCGCCGCCACCUUUACCCCACAAUCGAGAAAUAAAAGAAGAAAUUGACGAUGAUAAAAAGAAGUUGGAAACCCCCUUAGCCGCUAUGCUUCCAUCGAAAUACGCGAAAAUAGAUGUUACCGAGUUAUUUCCGGAUUUCAGACACGGAAAGGUGUUGAGAUUUUCGAGAUUAUUCGGACCGGGCAAACCGAGCAGUUUGCCCAACAUUUGGAAGAACGUGAGGAAGAAGAGGAAGAAGCGCAAGCACAAAGAGAGCGCCAAUCAGCACGACUCCGAUUCGAAUUCGGACGAUGACAGGCCCAAAAACAGGGGCUGGUUUUUCGACUACGCCGAACCCAAAGCGGAGAUUCUUAUGGAAGACGACGAAGAGAAGUUCCUGAAACCUGCCGAGGUUCAAAAUGAAGAUAGUAAACAGGAGAACGAGAAAAAAGAUGAUUCCGGACCGAAAGCCGCCGAUUGGCGUUUCGGACCGGCUCAAAUCUGGUACGAUAUGCUCGAUGUGCCUGAAACUGGCGAUGAUUUUAACUACGGAUUUAAACUCGUCGAGAAACCAGAAAUCGAAGACAACAAAGAAAACCAAGAUGAAUCUUAUCCAGACGAUGCUUUUUUAAUGGUAACUCAAUUGCAUUGGGAAGACGACGUCGUUUGGGACGGAAACGAUAUCAAACACAAGGUACAGCAAAAACUGAGUUCUAAAACGAACGCAGCGGGAUGGGUGCCGAGCAGCGGUAACAGAACAGCUCAAGCAUUCAGCCAGCCGGGAAAAGUGGGUACUUCCGUUCGAAUGCCGCCCGUACCGAAUCCCCCAUUGCCCGGCAUAAAAUCCAAACAGCAGUUUUUGUCGUUCAGAAUGAAGCCGAGACAGGAGCAAGAACAGGACGACACUUGGUAUUCGAUAUUUCCGGUGGAAAACGAGGAUUUGGUCUACGGCCGAUGGGAGGACGACGUCAUUUGGGACGCGGAAAAUAUGAAAACUAUCCCCAAACCGUCCAUAUUAACUUUGGAUCCGAACGAUGAAAAUAUCAUACUCGGUAUUCCCGAUGAUAUCGAUCCUUCGAAACAAGUAGCAGGGCAAGCUACGCCAGUAAAAGUGAAAAUUCCGCACCCUCACGUGAAGAAAUCGAAAAUUUUACUGGGAAAGGCCGGCGUAAUUAACGUUUUACAAGAAGAUACUCCUCCGCCUCCGCCGAAAUCGCCCGACAGAGAUCCAUUCAACAUUUCCAAUGAUAUUUAUUAUCAGCCUAGAACGUCCGAAACUACGAUGAGGCUCAAAGUAGGCGGCGCGAAUUUGAUUCAACACUCGACGCCCGUCGUGGAAUUAAGAGCGCCGUUCAUUCAAACCCACAUGGGUCACAUGAGAUUGAGAAACUUCCACAGGCCUCCUAUGAAGAAAUUUUCGCACGGUACACUCGCAUUGCCCGGCCCUCACGGCGUCAUGCCCCUAAUAAAACACAUCAAAAAGAAAGCUAAGCAAAGGGAGGGUGAGAGAAUGGCAUCGGGCGGCGGUGAUGUGUUCUUCAUGAGAACCCCCGAAGAUUUGACCGGCCGAGAUGGCGAUUUGAUUCUGGUAGAAUUUUGCGAAGAGCAUCCGCCGCUGAUGAACCAGGUCGGAAUGUGCUCGAAAAUCAAGAAUUAUUACAAGAGAAAAGCGGCCAAAGACUCGGGACCUCCAACGUAUAGAUACGGUGAGACCGCUUAUGCGCAUACCUCCCCGUUCUUGGGCAUUUUACACCCCGGCCAAUCCAUACAAGCAAUCGAAAACAACAUGUACAGGGCGCCUAUUUACGAGCACACAAUGCCGCAAACGGACUUUCUGGUGAUCAGAACUCGCCAGCAAUACUACAUAAGAGAAGUGGAUGGCUUGUACGUGGCAGGACAAGAGUGCCCGUUGUACGAGGUGUUCGGGCCGAAUUCCAAGAGAGCCAAUAACUUCGUCAGGGAUUUCCUGCAGGUGUUUAUCUACCGGUUGUUUUGGAAGAGCAGGGAUAAUCCGAGGAGGAUAAAAAUGGACGAUAUAAAGAAAGCGUUUCCUUCUCAUUCGGAAAGCAGUAUAAGGAAACGAUUGAAACUUUGCGCGGAUUUUAAGAGAACCGGUAUGGAUUCUAACUGGUGGGUUAUAAAACCGGAGUUUCGUUUACCUACUGAGGAAGAAAUUCGUGCGAUGGUUUCACCUGAACAAUGCUGCGCUUACUUCAGUAUGGUAGCCGCCGAACAGCGCCUUAAGGACGCGGGUUACGGCGAAAAGUUCAUCUUCACUCCCGCAGAGGACGAUGACGAGGAAAUGCAAUUGAAAAUGGACGACGAGGUGAAAGUAGCGCCUUGGAACACGACGAGGGCGUACAUUCAAGCGAUGAAAGGCAAGUGCCUUUUGCAAUUGACCGGUCCCGCCGAUCCCACGGGAUGCGGAGAAGGUUUCAGCUACGUGCGAGUGCCCAACAAGCCCACCCAAAGCAAGGAGGAACAGGAAUCCCAACCUAAAAGGACCGUCACCGGCACCGACGCCGAUCUAAGGCGAUUGUCGCUGAACAACGCCAAGGCUUUGUUAAGGAAAUUCGGCGUGCCCGAAGAAGAGAUAAAAAAACUAUCCAGAUGGGAGGUGAUCGACGUCGUGCGAACGCUAUCGACGGAAAAAGCGAAAGCCGGCGAGGAGGGUAUGGAUAAAUUUUCGCGAGGCAAUCGAUUCUCGAUAGCCGAACACCAAGAGAGAUACAAAGAGGAAUGCCAAAGGAUCUUCGACCUGCAAAAUCGCGUUCUAUCGAGCGCCGAAGUGUUGAGUACGGACGAAGGCGAGAGUUCCGAGGACGAAAGCGACGAAGACAUGGAAGCGCUCGGUAAAAACAUCGAAAACAUGUUGGCGAAUAAGAAAACCAGUACACAGUUGUCUAUGGAGCGCGAGGAGCAGGAGAGACAAGAGUUGCGAAAGAUGAUUUUAGAAGGCGAAAAGAAAGAAAAGGAGAAGAAGAAAAACGAAGAGGACAACGACGAGCAACACGAAACGCAAAGUAGAUUAUUGAAGAUAUUCAGGACGUUCCGGAAGCCGGACGGUAAAGAAUUCACUCGCGUAGAAUUGGUCCGAAAGCCGGUAGUCAUAGAUGCCUACGUGAAAAUUCGCACCACCAAAGACGAGGAGUUCAUAAGGCAAUUCGCGACGUUGGACGAGGCGCAAAAGGAGGAAAUGAAACGGGAAAAGCGCCGGAUACAAGAGCAACUGAGACGGAUCAAAAGGAAUCAGGAGAAGGAGAAGAUGAGUUCGCACCAUCACCAUCACUCGCAUUCCGGCGAAUCGUCGAACAUUCCACCGCCCGGUACCGUCGAGAAAUUACCCAAUCCUAACGAAUCGUUAGGGAAUUCGCUGACGCCGAAUUCUAGCAAGAGCCUGUCGACCUCUCCGCCGAAAUCGAGGAGAAAGACUAAACUCAAACCCGAUUUGAAGUUAAAAUGCGGCGCUUGUGGUAACGUCGGACACAUGAGAACAAACAAAGCCUGUCCUUUGUAUCAAAACACCACCGGCCAGAAUCCUCCUAUUAACGUAGCGAUGACCGAAGAACAGGAAGAAAACAUCGAAAAACAACUAAACACCGACGACGAAGAUCUCGUAAACGUAGACGGUACGAAAGUUAAGUUAUCGGGAAAACUAAUUAAGCACGCCGAAGAAAUGAAGCGAAGAAGCCUGCUGUUGAAAGUACCGAAGGACGCUUUAGGGAAUAAGAAGAGGCGUCGCGGCGUCCAAGAUUUGCAUUGCGACUACUUGAAAAAGCACAAUAAACCGGCUAAUAGGCGACGCACCGAUCCGGUAGUCGUGCUAUCGACGAUUUUGGAGAAUAUUCUCAACGAAAUGCGGGACAUGGCCGACGUACAGCCGUUUUUGUUCCCGGUUAAUCCCAAAUUGGUUAUGGAUUAUUACCGGAUCGUUCAAAGACCGAUGGAUCUGCAAACUAUCAGAGAGAACUUGAGGCAGAAGAAGUACCAAAGCAGGGAGGAGUUUUUGGCGGAUGUUAAUCAAAUUGUCGAAAAUUCCACGCUCUACAACGGUCCCAAAAGCAGUCUCACGGUGGCCGCUCAAAGGAUGCUGAACAAAUGCGUGGAAAGAUUGGGAGAAAAAGAGGAUAGGCUGAUGAGAUUGGAGAAGGCGAUCAAUCCGCUUUUGGACGAUAACGAUCAAGUAGCCUUAACUUACAUAUUAGACAACGUGGUUAACGUGAAAUUGAAAACAAUGUCCGAAUCCUGGCCUUUCCUCAAACCCGUCAACAAAAAGUUAGUCAAGGAUUAUUACAACAUCGUCAAGAGACCGAUGGAUUUGGAAACUAUCUCCAAGAAAGUAGCAGCCCACAAAUAUCACAGCAGACACGAAUUUUUGGUAGACAUCGAGCAAAUACUCGAAAAUUGCAUUUUAUACAACGGCAAAGACUCCACCUUCACCGAAAAAGCCGAAGGCUUGGUGAAAGCUUGCAAGGAAACUCUAUACGAGUACGACGAGCACCUUUCGCAACUCGAAAAAAGGCUUCUGCUGGCCCAAGAGAGAGCCUUCCAAGACGACGACCAAUCCUGGAUAGGAGGGGACGACGAAAACUACACAAUCACCGAACCCGAUCACAUCAGCCAGAGCAGCUCGCCGGACCGGAUGUCCUCCGUCAAAUCCCACAUGGACGAAUUCGAUCUGAUCGACGUCGAAGGCGAGGGCCCCCACAUGGACGAAUCCAUCACGCCCCGCCCGCCCAAACAACCGAAGAAGAACCCCAAAUCCGAAGAGGCCCACACGCUCGAAGAGGACCUGCAGUUCUCCAGCGAGGAGGAGCUCGACGAGGUGCCCUUGCACGAGUUCGAGGACGACAACAAAGGCAUCUUGAUAUCCGCCGAAUUGCCCAUGGGAGGCGAGCACGCCGACGACGACAGCCAGCAGGCCGCCGAGGCCAUGGUGCAGCUGGGUACCAUGGGGUACUACCCCCCUAACGAUGGGCAGGAUGCCGAUUGUACCGAAGCGUUGAUGUUCAAAGAUGAGAGUAUGGACGUGGAUCCGAAUUACGAUCCGUCGGAUUUCCUGAUGGCCGGUUUGCCGUUGCGUAAAGUUGAGGAUGAUACGGGGAUGAACAGCCAGGAGGCGACGACUUUGACGGAGAUGAAGAUACACGAUGACUUGGCGGUGAGCGAGAGCGACGACGAGGGGGCUAAUGUGGGCAGGGACGUGCAGGAGAACAUGCAGGAGGACGACGACGCCGGCGAUCUUUGGUUCUAG